CCUCUGUCUCUCUGCUUCCUCUUCGCAGAUCAAGAGACAGCAUGGCUGCGACUGCUGCCGUCAGCCCCAGUGAAUACAUGCCGCCGGCCGCCUACACUGCCCAGGACUCCCAGCCGUCUCCCCUUGCCCUCCUCGCAGCAACAUGUAGCAAAAUUGGUCCCCCCGCAGUGGAAGCCGCCGUGACUCCUCCUGCCCCUCCUCAGCCAACGCCUCGCAAACUUGUCCCCAUCAAACCUGCUCCGCUCCCUCUGGGCUCCGGUAAGAACAGCAUUGGGAUCCUGUCAUCGAAAGGGAACCUCUUCCAGAUCCAGGGCUCUCAGGUCGGCACCUCCUACCCCGGGGGGCAGCUGGUUUUUGCCAUUCAGAACCCAACUGUCAUCAACAAGGGCACCCGCUCCUCCACCAACAUCCAAUACCAAGCCGUGCCCCAGAUCCAGGCCGCGGGGGGACAGACCAUCCAGGUCCAGCCCAACCUCACCAACCAGAUCCAGAUUAUUCCGGGCACGAAUCAAGCGAUCCUCACCCCUUCCUCUUCUUCUCACAAGCCCGUGCCCAUCAAACCGGCUCCGGCGCAGAAGGGGGGAGCUUCACCGGUGCAGGGCGCAAGCAACGUGGUCAAGUUAGCCGGCGGCAGCAACGUGACCCUUACCCUGCCCGUGAACAACCUGGUGAACGCCGCUGAGCCGGGCACGCAGGCUCAGAUUCUUGCAGAGAGCCCCUCGAAGCCCAGCAAAAAGACUCGAAAGAAAGCCGUGUCGCCCGCCCAGCCCGCCGCCGUGGCCGUGGCCGAGCAGGUGGAGACGGUGUUAAUAGAGACCACGGCGGAGAACAUCAUCCAGGCGGGUAACAACCUGCUCAUCGUGCAGAGCCCAGGCUCCGGCCAACCGGCCGUGGUGCAGCAGGUCCAGGUGGUGCAGCCCAAGCAGGAUUCACAGGUGGUGCAGAUCCCGCAGCAAGCCCUGCGCGUGGUCCAGGCUGCCUCCGCCACGCUCCCCACCGUCCCCCAAAAAUCCUCUCAGAACUUCCAGAUCCAGACGACGGAACCUACUCCUACCCAGGUCUACUUCAAAACGCCAUCGGGUGAGCUGCAGACAGUAAGCAAGAACCCAGCCCCGCGCAAGGAACGCCCCCUGCCAAAGAUCGCUCCGGCCGGAGGCAUCAUCAGCUUGAACGCAGCUCAGCUGGCAGCCGCGGCACAGGCCAUGCAGACCAUCAACAUCAACGGCGUGCAAGUCCAAGGCGUGCCUGUCACCAUCACCAACAACGGAGCCCCCAUCACGGCUGCCGGGUGCUGUGCAAGGCCCAGGCUGCCAGGCUGCCGCCUUCGUGAGCGCCCGAGCAUGGAGCGGCCCUUAGGGUGCGGG